GCGUGCUAACGCCAUCUAACGCGAGAUCAAACAAAGUUUACGAACUAAUAUUGUGUUAAAAAUAAGUGAGAAAUUGUUUUAAUUUGGUUUGUUAUUGAGUGAUGUGUUUUUGUGAGUUGGAAAGUGAAAAAAGAAUUGUUUUCUUUGGAUUUUGGAUUUCAUUUUGAUUUUGGUAUCGAUUUGGAAAACAGCUGGAAAACUUUUUCUUAAUGUGGAGUAAAAAUAUAAAGUGAGGGGCGCCCCGCCCAUCAUGCCAUCCCCAGACAAUCGGAAACAAGGUCACAACUGGCUGGAAACGAUGGUGGAGCUGCCCUCAGGAGUGGGCGAGGAGGAUGAGCACCACCACACCUGGACUACGGGCAAUUGUCUAAGCUGCGGGGAGCACGUACGGCCAUGCGAGGUGGCACACACACCGGCUCCGGAGGGAGAAAGGGUCCCGGGUGACGGCGCCAGCAGCUCAGCACACGAAGACCAGCGCCGUAUAAGUGAAGAUGUGGUUUCAUCACGAAGUAUUAAUCCAUUUCAAGAAGAUCCAGUGGAAACAGAAGGCAUGCUAAGGGCACCUCGAUACUACAGAGGAAUAUAUUGUCCAUCAAUCACAAAUAGUUUUAAGAAUAAGGCAGUAGAGUUAUCAUACCAAAGAUAUUCAAGGAGGCAGCGACAAAAAUCACUCAUAAUGGUGAACGUUGUUGACUUAGCACUUAAGAUAUGUCUAGCUGUUAUUUAUACAGUCACAAACAGAGACGUAGCAGCACCAAAUCCUUAUCAAAUAGCGUGGACAGUCGCGUUCGCGUGGCUCAACGUGGGAGUGUGUCUGCUCGGCUGGUGGAGAUGUUUCGCGAACAACUACCUGCACUGGGCCGCAGCUGCUACCUGGAUACUACUGAUCGCUCAAGGUCUCAGCGGUCAAGGUAUUGGCUUCCAAGAAUCCCAGAACCAAGUAUGGUACAUGCUGUUCAUAGUGUUCGUACCUUACGCCAUGUUACCGCUGUCUCUGAUCUGGUGCAUCAUCAUCGGGACCCUGACCUUCCUCGCUCACGUGCUGGCCACAGCUGUAGUUAUUAAAGAGAGCAUGGAAGACACGAAGAGGGCUGUCAACUGUAAUAUUAAUUUUUCUGAUAUGUGUUCGUACGCGUGCAGCCUUCGUCUCCUCAUAGGUAAUGCGAUGUUGUACGUAGCUGUGAACUUUGCGGGCAUGUAUGCCAAAUCUCUGGCGGACUGGGGACAGAGGAAGGCCUUCUUGGAAACGAGACGGUCCAUGGUGACGCGCGAGAGGACGAAGAGGGAGAGUGAUCGGCAAUGGAAGUUGUUUCAGAGUGUGAUACCAGACUUCUUAGCGAAAGAAAUCUAUGGGCACGUGAACAAAGUAAAGGGGGAGUUCCAAGAGCAGCAAUUUAAUAACUUGUACAUACAACAGCAUCACGACGUGUCCAUACUAUACGCUGACAUCAAGGGCUUCACUGAACUGUCAAGCAAAUGCAGUGCACAGGAGUUAGUGAAGCUAUUAAAUGAAUUGUUUGCUCGCUUCGACAGGUUGGCAUCGGAAAAUCACUGCCUACGCAUAAAGUUGCUGGGUGACUGCUACUUCUGCGUGAGCGGGCUGCCGGAGCGGCGCGAGGACCACGCUCACUGCUGCGUCAACAUGGGCCUCCACAUGAUACGUGCUAUACGCGACGUGCGGUAUAAUGCACAGGUGGACUUAGACAUGCGCAUCGGUAUACACAGCGGGAAGGUGCUCUGUGGAGUCCUGGGGCUGCUCAAGUGGCAGUUUGAUCUGUGGUCACACGAUGUGACUCUCGCCAAUCGCAUGGAAAGUGGCGGAUUACCGGGUCGUGUGCACAUAUCAUCAGCUACCCUAGAAUGUUUGAACGGUGCGUUUGAAGUGGAACCAGGAGACGGUGGUUCUCGUGACCCAUAUCUAAGGGAACACAAUCCCGUGACUUACCUUAUAAAGAGCACGGAACAGCCCAGACGAACAAGACAUCGGUCUAGAACUAGUGUCCCACAAGCGUCUGCACAAAACUCGGACGCAACACCCCGCCGGCCUAGCAGCACUAUCGAAGAUGAGAUGACAGCGGACUGGACUCCUGAGAUGCCAUUCCAAAACUACUACUCAAGCGGAGCAGCCAGUGUCGCUCGAGGGUUUAACCUAAAUGGUGACAACUCUAAACGAGAUCCGGAAAUUGACGACGUGCCCCCACUCUCCGAUGUCGAGGAGGACGACAUAAUAAACCACUCGAUAGAAGUGAAGUCGAACCGUCGCAUGCGCGUGAGCAACAUGCACGGCUGGUCGCUGCGCUUCCGCAGACCCUCGCUGGAGGAGAGGUUCGGAGAGCUGGAUGAGAGGACCUUCAAGUCCAACGUCAUGUGCUGUUUGGUGCUGUGGCUGUUCAUUGUUGCGGUGCAGAGCUUGGUGCAUUACAAUUGCCAGUACCUGGUAAUGAUUCUGCUGCUGAUGACGAUCCCCUUCACGUUGUCUUUCAUCCUGGUGAUGAUAGAGGAGUUCCCGGGCAUUUUGCCGCGCCUCACCAAGAUCUCUGCCUACCUCAGUUCGACGAGGACGAUUAGGAACGUGCAUAUCUGCUGCUUUAUCACUGCUAUGUCGAUAUCCAGCACAAUAAAACUGUACGUGUGUCCGCCAUCUUUUAUCCCUCAAACGCCGAACGGCACUGUUGCUCCUAACGUAACCUGCAACUACACCACACAAGAACUUACUGAUGAAUGGAAUGAUCCAGACGAGUGCUACCGUCCGGAGUACGUGGUGUUCACGUGGGUGCUGUGCCUGGUGGCGCUCACGUCCGUGCUCAAACUGUACUACUUGAUCAAGACGUUGUUGGCAACUGUCAACGUGAUCAUGUACACCAUCCUAUUGGUGCACUUCUACAACUAUAGGAACUACAAUAGCAAUACAAAUACAACACUACCAGCAUACGUACAAAUGUUGAUCCUGAUGGCUGUCUUCCUAGUAGUAGUGAUAUACCACGGGAGACUAGUCGAAGUAACAUCCAGACUGGACUUCAUCUGGAAGCUGCAGGCGGAGACAGAUCUCGACGAGAUGGAAGACACGCAGAAGACGAACAGACAUCUCCUCAAGCAUAUACUACCUGAUCACGUUGUUGUUCAUUUCCUGAGCAGAGAUUGGUGUCCUGAUGAGCUGUACUCUCAAUGGCGCGACGAGGUGGGCGUGAUGUUCGCGGGGAUCCCGAACUUCGACGAGUUCUACUCGGAGGAGAAAGCCGUGGAGUGCAUGCGCGUGCUCAACGAGAUCAUUUUCGACUUUGACAAGCUACUGAUGCAGCAGCGGUUCAAAAGCAUCGAGAAGAUUAAAACGAUAGCAGCCACGUACAUGGCAGCUUCAGGACUCAAUCCUAAUCACAACAAGACAGGUGAGGACAACUGUGAACACUUGUGUGCGCUGGUCGAUUACGCCUUCGCUUUGAGAGAAGCAUUAGAAGACAUCAGCAAGCACAGCUUCUACAAAUUCCGGUUAAGAGUAGGCAUUAGCUGUGGUCCCCUGGUGGGCGGAGUGAUCGGCGCUCGCAAGCCGGUGUACGACAUCUGGGGCAACACCGUCAACGAAGCUUCACGGAUGGAGACCACGGGGGCCAUGGACAAGAUACAAGUCACCAAAUACACUAGGCAGCUAUUAGAAUGCCGCGGCUACACCCUAGAGCGGCGCGGGCCAGUAGAGGUAAAAGGCAAAGGUCGCAUGGAGACGUGGUGGGUGACGCGCGCCCGCGGCGCCGACCCCGCGCGCCCCGCCCCGCCCCCCGCCCGCCCCGCGCCGCCCCGCUCGCUGGCCGCGCUCGUGUACACCAUGCUGCAGGCACGCAAGCGGAUAUAUACGCAUCCGCUUGAUACUGCUAAUAUUCCUAAACGCGGCGGCAGCGUGAGGUCUAGUCGAGCAGAAACUGCACCCAGUGGCUCACAUCGACAUCGCUCCGAAUUGCGGCGAGCCAGAACGCGGCAUGCAAGGACCAUGGGCAACGAGCUAGAACUCGGUGCGAUCCGGCCCCACUCCAGCAGCCUCGUGGUCCGUCGUGUAGACAUGACGGCCGCGCCGCCGUCGUCUCUCUCCGCGCCGCACACUCCCACCGGCGCCGGACACCCGCACCACCCGCACGAGAUGCCGCCCAGGGACAAGCAGCCCAAGUUGGGGCUAGGUAUGUUAUACAUGUACUCACUCCAGCAGCCUCGUGGUCCGUCGUGUAGACAUGACGGCCGCGCCGCCGUCGUCUCUCUCCGCGCCGCACACUCCCACCGGCGCCGGACACCCGCACCACCCGCACGAGAUGCCGCCCAGGGACAAGCAGCCCAAGUUGGGGCUAGGUAUGUUAUACAUGUACUCACUCCAGCAGCCUCGUGGUCCGUCGUGUAGACAUGACGGCCGCGCCGCCGUCGUCUCUCUCCGCGCCGCACACUCCCACCGGCGCCGGACACCCGCACCACCCGCACGAGAUGCCGCCCAGGGACAAGCAGCCCAAGUUGGGGCUAGGUAUGUUAUACAUGUACUCACUCCAGCAGCCUCGUGGUCCGUCGUGUA